AUGAAGAGUUCGUCCAUCUUCAAACCGUAUCAAAAGUACGAGUGUUGGCGCGGUGAUACGCAAAAAAUUCUGAAAAACUCAAUCGGUAAUGUGUUCGUAAUUCAGUCUGUUUAAGUGUAUUCGAUUUUCAGGCCGGCAAUUACCCUACAUCGCUAAUUUCAAGAAAAAUGUGUGCCAAGUGUUCAAUAUCGAAUGGGAAAUCGUCACGCAUUCAUUCACAUUCCCCGACGGUUGCACUCUCAUUGACGUCGAUUAUUUUCCAGCAAAAGGUAAGGUUUUGAAUCAAUAUUUUGACUAAACAGUUUAUUUUGAGAUGGACAAUUCGGCAUUUGCAUCGGUGUCGAAGACCAAAGUCUGAGUUGGGGAGCAGAACAUUUCGUGGUUGCUCUUGUGGCCGACGAAGACAAUCCGACAAUGAGAAUGACGCAUUCUGUGGCAGUUCCAGUCAGAAUCACAACUCUCAAGACUUUGUUUUCGAGCAUGGACAUGGCGGAAGGAAGGGAGAAUGGGACAUUGGGUCUACAUUCAUCGUUGCUCGAAUGGCCUCAUAUUCUAGCGAUCGGGUGCAAAGAGACGAAAUGUUUCCUGGCUCAAUUGACAGAAUCCAAGGCCGAACCGAUCGCGACAGCGUCUCGAAGGCACCAGAUCAACUUACUGGGUAUGUUCUGCCCUUCAAAAACCAUUCCCUGUUUUUUUUUGCCAGGUGGAUACACUACCGACGGAACCUUCCAGCUCACGCAGGAAGGCGAUGCAUACCGCGACUAUCCGGCAAAUGCCGUCUACAUCACUGCUUUCGCUCUGAUGCCCCGCAGUCGGACGCUUAUGGUCGGUUUCUCAAUGGGUGCCAUCCUGGCGGCUUCACUGAACCCGUCAAACAUAAUGGUCUUCCUGGAGCUCCGCCAUGAGCGUCUUAUUCGGGAGAUCGCGCCUUUGGAGCCAGAAGACGAUCCGGACAAAUUCGAAUAUUUCAUCGCCGCCGUCGAGUAACGGAAAUGCCGAUUUCAUCACAAAAUACUCUGUCUUUCAGUCGUUCUUCACGCCAUCCAAUCAUGAUUCAAAUGUGGCGCGGGUCGUUCAAGACGCUCGAAGUAGUUGACGAUGCGGAGAAGUACGACAAGCCUUCGUAUCACGUGGUUCUCGAGCACAAACUUCAAUUCGGAGAACGAUGGCUGUCGGUGAAUCCGAUCGUCUGCGAAAGAGGAGAAUACAGUAAUAGACGUAGAGAUGACAGUACGAUGGACUCGAUCCUCAAUGUUUCCCAGUCAUUCGGAUGCACUUCCAAUCGCAGCCACGUCCUACUUGCGUACGAGAAGCGCCAGCUGAGCAUCUCGGCUUCCGAUGAACCUGUUUUCCUUGUCGAGGCCGCCAUUUUCGAUGUGGACGCGUGGUAUUACAAGAGGGUGCCGGGAAAGAUCACAUCGGACGGAACUGUGCUCGCGCAGUGUGCCUUCAUGUCGUGCAUCAAAUCAGAAAUUCCAUCGGAGAACGUCAGUGACGUCGGGAUUCUGACUCUCAACUCCACCGAUGUUACCCGUUUCCGAAGCUCAGUUUCCGAUGCUGACCCACUUUUCUAUCCAUCUUCACUCUCCUACGACCGCGUGUUUGUGGUGCGGAACAAUCGAAUCGACUGGAUGAAAAUUCAGAGCAUUCAGCAGACGGUACACAUUAAUUAUUGACGUUUUUCACACACAAGACCUUUUCCAGAUUCUUGAAAAGUGUGCAUCGAAACUGCCAUUUGUCAUCCGUUCUCCCGAAUUGAUGGCCGCCGAGAUUUUUGCAGCCGGACUCGUCCGAAAGAGCAUUCUGACGGGAUCGCCAAACUCGAGCGCAGCUGAGAUUAACGAAUCGGAAUUGAGCACCGAGCAGAAAAUUGUACUGAAUGCGAUGGUUUAUCAUGGAAAGAUCGAGGAGUUCUGCAAUUUGGCCACUCGACACGACCUGAGCGACAAAAUCAAAAAGGAAAUUGCGGAUUGGGCGGUGCACGAGGCUGUCGACUACAAGAGAAUCGUCUCGGACGGAACGGUCUCUCUGUUUCAGGGAAUCACAAAGGACUUGUCUCCGAUCGUUGAGGACACUGUCGUUCAGGGAAUCAAGCUGUUCCGAGUGGUUCACGAGUUUCUGAAAGUGUGUUCUAAAAACAUCAAGGAUGGAGCUCGACUGAACACUUUGGUGCGCUCUCUGAAGUGCAUGCGGAAUCACACGAAACUAGCCAGUCGCUUCAUCAUGUUCCGAUUGGUCCCUCCGAACCAUCAGUCAGAGAUUCAGAUGCGUGAGUCGCACGAGAAAAGGAAGAAUCUCGCCCUGAAGAACAAGACGGCGCUCCCGAUUCAAUUGGUCAUUCGCAACAUGCACCGCCUGGCAUCUGAUGCCCAAUUCUGGAACGACAUGCCACACGACGAGUGGUACCCGCCAACCCCGCUCGAUCUUCUCGAGUCGGUGCUCAAUGUGAACAUCUCGGAACGGAUUAAACGCGAGCUCAUCGUCCAAUACGUCAUCGACUGGACGCGUGUUCAACCGGGACACGCCGAAGACACCGAGAAGGAACUGGCAGUCGAAACUAUCAAAGUCAUGACCAAUCAGAUGCUGGACGUGGAUCUCGAGAAAAUCUAUUAUGUUUUGGAUCAGGAGAAAGCGGCGCUGAAACAGAAACAGCCUUUGUCUCUAACUAACGAAGAGGGCGGAGCUAAGAAAGUAUUCACAUUGCAAGAUGACGGACUUACUUACGAUCAGUUGUGGAGUGGCGAAGUCCACUUGGCUUCGACGAUUGGAAAAAACGACCUGGAGAGAUUCCAGCAGAGAAUGAAGAUGCAAGUGGAAGGAGAGAAGAGACGAAGUGAGCGGGGAAGGGGAAGAGUUUAGAGAGUUGUAAUUUAUUAUUGCAGUGCCAGUUCUCGAUCCAGAAUUGGAAAUGCUCUAUCAAGUGUACCUUUUCGAAAACCAGAAGUACGAACUGAUGUCAGCGGAGGCAAUCGAAUCAAACAAACUGCUCAGCUCUUUCAUGCCAGUCAUGAUGCGGAAAGGAGGAAGACAAAGCCAUCAAAAGAGUGCGAAAGAGCAAGAAAUCCAGAAGUCGGUGAGAGAAAUGUUCGACAAGCAGCUGGAAAAAGAUCGGCUCGAAAUGCCAAAAGCGUUUGUCUGUUUUGGAGAUAAGCAAGGAAAGAAGCGUCCAUCCGAAGCGUACGAGCAGGAUAGCACGUCGCCAGUGCAGUAUGUGCCACCGGUGGGUUAUUAGCACCUUGAUAUAUUCUAUCUAAUAAGGCUAUCUUCAGACUGCCAAACGUAUCCAGCAAGUGAAGCGACAGCAACCUUGUGAAUCGCCCGUCGUAAAGGACGUGACGCAGGCUUCCAGUGUCGCCAGUCCAUCGGAUCUCGAAAGAAAUGCAGAGAUUAACAUGAUGAUUGCGACACCUGCUCGUUAUUAUAAAAGACCGAUUCCGGCUUCGGCGGCUGUCGAUUUGACGUCGCCUACGACGAACAGACUGCCGCCGGUCCCGACGCAAAACAGUAUUCUGAAAACGGCGAAAACCAUUCAGUCACCAAGUCGCGGACGGAUCCGCUUUCACGAAAGUGUUCACAGAGGAGCCAAUGAGAGCAUCGAAUCGACGGAAGAGAUAAUGGAAGAGGACGAAGAGGCGCCACGUCUUAAGGGACUCAACUUCGCGAUUCUGGAAGACGAGGAGGAGGAGGAGAUGACCACGACGAGGCGAUCGGUGGUACAUCCGAUUGAGGAACAAGAAGAAAAGAGUGGAAACGAGGAGGAGGAGGAUGGAAUCGAGAUGGAGAAGUCUUAUGAGGCUCAGGAUGACUUCGAAGUGCUCGAGGACAGAUCAGAGGAAACAAUUCCCCCGGCGGAGCCAAUGGAGGAUACAUUCGUGAUUCGAACGGACGACAUUUCGCCCGGAGUCGAUGAGACUUACGAGUUGACCGAGAGGGAGGAAAUGCCAGAGAAAACUACAGAGAGUGUGGAAAUGGUGCAAGAGGAAGGAGAAAAGCUAGAAGAAGAAGAAUUUCUGGAAACGGCUGAAGUGCAGAAUGAGAGAGAAACAGUUGCGCAGGUUGCGACAACUGAAGAAAAGGAAAAGGAAGAAGACGAAGAGAUCGGCGACGUUUUAGGAGAAGAAUUGCAUAAAGAAGAGGAGAAGGACUCCUGGCACGAACCAUUAGACGGAAUCCAUCGCAGUUUCGAGAUGCAAAAAGAUGAGGACUGCGUGCCUGUGGCAACUCAUCGCAACGAAGAGGAGGAAGAGUCGAUUGAAGAAUUGGCGGAAGACAUUCCCCUUGAUCGCACUUUUGAAGUGGAAGAAGAGGAGGAUCCGCAGCCACUCGCCGAUUUGCCGAAGAUCGUCCGUCCCGUCAUUGAUGCUCCCGCUACUCCUGAGCUUCCUGCGGAAUCGACGCCAGACCAAGCUGAGCCAGAGCAAGAGCAAGCUACCCCAGUGCAAGCGAAUGCAGAACGAGAUGAAGCAGAGCAUGCUGAGGCAGAGCAUGCUGAGCCUAAACGAGCUGAUCAAGAGAAAUCUGGCCCAGAGAAAGCUGAAACAGAGCAAGCUGAGCAAGAGCAAGAUGUCCCAGAGGCUGUCGCCGAAAAGACGGAAAAGCCGCAAGAGAAUGUCAAAAAAGUUGAGAAACCGGCGGAGGUCGAUCCGUUUGAGAGACCACCAUCGGUAAGAUGUUCAGAAGUGGCUAGGACGUGUUGCCGGUCUCAACACUGAAUUAUAAAAUAUUACACUAAUUUCAAUAUCACUUAACGUAUCGAUGUUUCAGGCCAACACCCGUUCCGCUACUAAAAGUGCGCGCAAUUCGAGAUCGGUCUCACCGACAGAGGAGCCAAUCAGUCAAAAGAAGGAACAACCAAAGUCAACAACCAGAAAGGCCAGUGCUGCUUCUGUCCAGAAGACAACCGAGGUUCAAGAGGACGAAGAAGAGGACGACAGACCGCCUUCGAGAAGAACUCGUGCUGCUUCGGUCCGUAAGGAAACUACACAAGGGUUGCCGGAGCAAGAAGAAGUUAAGAAGACGCCUCGGAAGAGAGCUACUUCUGUCAGAAAAGAUACUGGUCUAGCCACCACAGAAGAACCGGUUGAAGAGCAGACGGCGAACACUUCGAAAGCGACGAGAGCUUCAUCAGUCAAGAGAACAUCGUCGCGCAGCCGUACCACUUCUGCAGCUCUGCCGCAAGACGAGCAGCCGAUGACGUCUUCUGUUCGUACUACUCGUUCUCGUACCACUUCGCGAAAUGUGACACCGGCUCGCGAAGUUGAAAAAGUGAAACAGGCGACGAGAAAGUCUCCUGCGAGACGGAAAACGGAAGACAGAUCGGCCACCCCGGCAGAGGAAGCCCCCGUUUUCCCGGAUCUGAGUGGAUCGGCACUUGUGAGACAAAUCAGUGCAAACAGAAAAACGGUCAGUUAAUUACUUCUGAGUUCCAAAAUCUGUAACUUUUCUUUAGAUUUCCCGUACCACCUCGGUUAAUGAAAUCACUCCAGCUACCUCUGCUGCCAGAAGUGCUCCGAGAGCCCAAAGUGUUUUGCCGACGGCGACUCCGCGACGUGGCAGACCGCCGAAGAUCGCCACGGAGAGCAACGCAACUCCCGCUGUUGCCGGCCGUGCUGCUUCGGUAUGCUCUGGUUCUGUCCUUUUUUUUAUUUGUUCUUAAAUUUCAGAAGCGCCGUACUCCUAGUGCAGAUGAUUCUCUGCAAGAGGAGCCGCCCAAAAAGGCGCGUGGACGUCCGCGCAAUACGCCGUUGAAGGUGAUCCCCGAGUCUUCCGAUCAACCUGCAACGUCUGCUGCCGAGAAAACGACGGAGACUCCGAGACGGACCGGAAGUCGUUCGAGAAGCAACAGCACCUCUUCGAAUGCCAACAUGACGAUGACACCGAAACGAGGAAGAAAAGCAUCUUUGGAGGAUUUGGCCGAGGAAGACGAAGACACUGACACGGUAUGAUAAGGAUCCGUCUCUCACCUGAAAUAAUCUUUCCUAAUUUCAGGCACCGCUUCGCAGAUCUGCACGGCGUCUUCCGAAACCUUAA